CUCAGCCACAGCCAGGCCUGCUGCCUUCCUCCUCCUGCUUCUCCGGGACAAACAAGGCAGGCACGCCUCGGUCUCAGGCAGGGGCUGCCCGGCUCCAGCAGCAUCCCUCCUCCUCUUCCUCCAGAAGGAAGAAGAAGAAGGAGCCCCAAGAAGACAGAGAGAAAGAGAGGAGGGAAGCUCAGAAUUGGCGUUGAUGGUGGAUACAUGCUGAUAUCGUGAUGGAGGAGACGGAGAACUUUUCGGCUCUGAAUUCCCUGACCGACUAUCACUCGGUCAAGGAGGCUGACCGAAACAACCACAGCAGUAAUGGACAAACAAGUGAAGAAAGCCAUGGGACCAUGCAGCUGAAAAAAGAAAUCUCCCUCCUCAAUGGGAUCAGCCUAAUAGUAGGAAACAUGAUCGGUUCAGGUAUCUUUGUUUCCCCCAAAGGGGUCCUUUACUACAGCACCUCCUACGGAUUGUCGCUCGUGAUUUGGGCCAUUGGGGGGAUUUUUUCCGUCUUUGGUGCUCUCUGCUAUGCUGAACUCGGAACCACUAUCACAAAGUCGGGAGCCAGUUACGCGUAUAUUUUGGAGGCCUUUGGGAGCUUCAUUGCCUUUAUACGCCUCUGGACGUCUUUGCUCAUCAUUGAGCCAACCAGCCAAGCCAUUAUUGCAAUAACGUUCGCCAACUACAUAGUGCAGCCGGUCUUCCCUUCCUGCCAGCCUCCAUAUGCUGCUUGCCGUCUGAUUGCAGCAGCUUGUAUAUGUCUCUUAACGUUUAUAAACUGUGCCUACGUGAAAUGGGGAACAAGGGUGCAGGAUGCAUUCACCUAUGCCAAAGUCAUUGCCCUCAUUGUCAUCAUCGUAACAGGAAUUGUUAAACUAUGCCAGGGAUACUCACAACACUUUCAGGACUCUUUUGAGGGAUCGUCUUGGAACCUCGGGGGCAUCUCUCUUGCGCUUUACUCUGCCCUGUUCUCAUACUCAGGUUGGGACACCCUCAACUAUGUAACCGAAGAAAUAAAAAACCCCGAGAGGAACCUGCCUCUAGCGAUUGCCGUUUCUAUGCCGAUUGUGACCAUUAUCUACGUUAUGACCAAUAUAGCUUACUAUACGGUGCUGGACAUUAAUGCUGUGCUUUCUAGUGAUGCAGUGGCUGUGACAUUUGCAGAGCAGGUAUUUGGCAUUUUCAGCUGGACAAUCCCAAUUGCUGUAGCCUUGUCUUGUUUUGGCGGACUCAAUGCAUCUAUUUUAGCAUCGUCUAGGCUGUUCUUUGUAGGAUCCCGGGAGGGUCAUCUGCCAGAUCUCUUGUCAAUGAUCCAUAUAGGGAGGUUUACACCAGUCCCAGCACUUCUCUUCAAUUGUACUAUGUCCCUCAUAUACUUGACUGUAGAAGAUGUCUUCCAGCUUAUUAACUACUUCAGUUUCAGCUAUUGGUUCUUUGUGGGACUGUCAAUUGCUGGACAACUCUACCUCCGGUGGAAGCAGCCUGAUCGAUACAGGCCCCUCAAACUGAGCCUCUUUUUCCCAAUAGUCUUCUGUAUAUGCUCCGUUUUCCUGGUGGUUGUGCCACUCUAUAGCGACACCAUUAACUCCCUGAUUGGCGUUGGCAUUGCGCUCUCUGGGAUCCCAGUCUACUUCAUGGGAGUCUCUUUGCCUGUUUCCAAAAGACCUCCCAUUGUCAGCAAAAUCUUAGGUGCUGUUACCCGUGCGACUCAACUGCUUUGUUACUGUGUUUUGACAGAAAUGGAUAGUCUUGAAGAACAACGAGAAUCCAAGUCUAUAUAAAAGAUGCAAAAGUGGCUGACAGAAGGCACCGCUGAAUUGUGGACCUCUUUUUAAACUGGGAUUCUUGCAAGAUCAUACUGUGUCAUGAUCUUGGGGUUUUUUAUUUUAUUUUGCAAAGGCCAGUCUUCUCAGGCAUAUAAAACUCAUGGAUUUCAUCUAAAAAUGACAAUUUUUUUUAAAGCAACGAAACAAGAGUGUCUUAAGAGAAGCACUCAGGUAUCAGAUUCAGUGGAUUUCAAAGAAUCGUGGCAACAGAUUCUCAGUUCCUAACUGCUGGAGUGUAAAAGGCAACAAUCAUUUCUCCAUUCAACAAGCGUUCUGCUGUUUGUGUGAAGUGUGGCCUGACCCUCAUGACAAUCUAGCGCAUUCAAAGGGUCAAGCGUGGCACAUGAGACUCGACUGUCUUUUCGCCCAAAGAAAACGCAUACUGGAUGUCAAGUAAUGUUCUGACGUUAUUGCUGUCACAUCCUUCAAUCACAUGAAAUCAGGUAGCUUUUCUUAAUUAGGUGACUUCAAGGUAUAUGUUUUAUGUUAAAGGAAAAGCUGGUCAAUUUUUUAAAGGAGUGCUCCAGAGCAAAACACUAAAUGAUGUGUGUCAGGACAGAGAAUGGUGGAUUUGGCCUUUUCCCCAACUUUUUGAUUGUUUUAAGUCGAAAACUGAUGCUUAUUUCCUUUUCAUGUGCCUGUUUGUUAAGUGGAUAAACAACAAAAGAGAUAUCAAGAAACCACUCACAAAUCUUUUGUGCCGAGUUCAUGAACAAAAGGUUUGCACAGCUUUUGUUUACCCGAGUUCUUUGGUGCAAAGAAGUGAGAAAAGGUUGCACUAUGCAUUUUUAAACUCUGCCUUGAAAAACUGUGUUUGUGGGUGAGGGGGUGACGAUUUGAAUUUUUGUAUAUUACUUACUGUUAGAAAUGCCAGCUUGUCCCUUUGCCACGUUUGCUUUCCAGUGUGGUUUACCUUACCCACAUGAAGCAGGUGUCAGAUCAAAAAGCCAGCUGUGCAUCGGAUCAACAUAUCCGUGGGUCUCUGCAGUGCAGCAUUCCUUGACAAUACAGGCAGAGGUUGGCCAAUGUAAGGACUCUGCUGACAGUGACUCAGACCCGAGUCCAGCUUCUCCGUCCAUCCUGUGGUUUUGGCUUGUGGUAGUCUUGCCUUGUGAGAAUAAACACGAUUCCUGGCUGGUGCUGUCAUAUUCGCUGUGCCAAGCUAUGGAAGUAACUUUGCAUCAGAGAAGCUGUUCUGUCCAGACUCUGAGAAGGUGCUCUCCUGGCAUAGUCUAUACAAUUUGUCCCAAAGAGGCAGGCAGGCCUUGCUUCUUGACAGUAGUCGCUGGCUGUGUUUCUCUCUUUGCCGUUUGUCUUGCUCCUGAAGGCAUGCAAGAUAAAGUUAAAUAAAUAAACAAAUAAACAAAUAAUAAUAAUAAUAAUAAUAAUAAUAAUAAUAAUAAUGCAGUGUGCAAAGGGACAAGCUGGGAGGUUGCUAGGCUGGGGAGUAAUUAUCUUUGUCCCCAUAGACACUGCUGCCUUGAGUCUGUCUCCUGCUUAGCAUCUGAAAGUGCUUCCUCCGCAUUUAAUGUGAUUCCAGAGGCAAAGACCAAAAGGGUUUUGUUUGGAAGACCUCUCUUUUCAUAAGCAGUCGCUGGUCAUUUUUGCAUGGUUAGUCAAACCAAUCAUACCUCUGUUUCAUAUGUUUAAAAAUGACCACAGAACUUGACAUGGCUUAGAUACCUUUUUACAAACUGCAGCGCAUAGCCCUCCAAGCCGGGUAACUAUACAGUAUAGCUAUUGCCUGAGGAAAAUGCAUUUAAUCUAUACAUUCAAAUGGCCCACUUUGGGCUCAGAUUAAAGGAAUUCUAGCUACCUUAAUGAGAUGUGAUUUGGAGAAAAGGGGAAAGUGGCCUGCACUAGUUUUCAGUACAGUACUUUGUUAUAGAUGAAAUUAGUGUAUUUAUUUAUUUUGAAAUGGUGGGAAAUCCAAAAUAAUUGUUUUUAGUCUUUGCACCCUUGGCUUGUUCCAUUCAUACACAGAGGAAUGGCAGGCACACCUUUAAUGUGUAUCACAGCUUCUGUCUAUCCAAAUGCUUCGUAAUUAGGUUUUAGCCUGGUAUACACUGAAGUAAAAGUAGUGACUUGUUGGAAAAUACAAGACACAAUCCUGGCAACCAUUUUAUUUCACUUCACUGUAUGGAACUGGCACUUCUUGUGAAGUUUUCCUGUUGAGUAUUGCAACACUCCGAUCCGCUGUUAACAUGUAUUUGUUUUAUAAUGAACUUUAUUGAUAGUACCUGAUCUGUCCAGUUGGCUUUUGUACCAUUUCAGUGUAUACAGGAACUUUUGGGUGUACAUGGGGAGGAAAUUGAACUUCCACUGUGUGGGAAUAAAACAAUCAGAAGCUGA